UUGUACUCUUUGCUGUCACCAAUAAAUUCUUCUUCUUUUUUUAUGUUCCCACAACCCAACAACGAACAACAUCGCAUGAGCUUCAAUCUUUAUGUUUUCCAACGGGAAAAAAGAAAGAAAAAGGUGAAACUUUUCCUUUUUUACCAAAGAAAAGAAAAAAAAGAUAAAGAUUGAAUUUUUCUUCAGAUUCAUUCACUUUAAUCUUGUGGGAUUUGUUUGUUUAAAUCACUAGAUUAGUGGGUUUGUUUGUGGAUCUUUCUUUUUUCUAAUCAAGAGAUCUUGUGUAAUUAUUCUGGGUUUUUGGAAUUUUGGUGAUUUAAGCUCAGAUCAUCAUCAGAUUAAGAGAACCCAUUUGGAAAUUAGUAAUCUUUUGAGGGUUUGAUUGUUCUUGAUUCAUAUAUUUUGAUGAAUUUGAUGAAUUUUGCCAAAAACCCUAAUUGUUUUAGUGUGGAGAUCUGGGAUUUAUGUUAUUAUUAAGUUAAGAGAAACCCUUUUGAAAUUUUGGAAAUUUGGGAGUUUUUAGGGUUUGAAUGUUCUUGAUUUAUUCAAGAUUGUUUUGUUGUGGAGAUCUAAGAAAACCCAUUUGAAAUUAGGGAUUUUUUAGGGUUUGGAUGUUGUUGAUUUGUUAAAGUUGCAAACUUUGGGUCAAAAAAAACCCUAAUUUUGGUAUUGUGGGGAAUUGGGAUAUCUUUCAUUUGUUAUGCCCAAUGAGGACAUUCUUUCCAUCUGAAUCUUGUAAAGAAACACAUCUAAAUGCUCUGAAUCCACAAUCAUGGCUGCAAGUUGAAAGAGGAAAGCUUUCGAAAGUUUCGCCGCACUCGCCUUCUUCGCUAGAAACGCUAAUCAAAGUGCCCGAUCCGCCGAUUCUUCCAUUCUUUAAGCCUGUUGAUUACGUAGAAGUUUUAGCUCAAAUCCACAAAGAACUUGAAUCAUGCCCUCCACAUGAACGCACAAACCUCUAUUUAUUACAAUUUCAAGUCUUUAAAGGCCUCGGUGACAUUAAGUUAAUGAGAAGAAGCCUUAGAUUAGCUUGGCUCAAAGCAAGUACGGUUCAUGAACGGCUCGUUUUUGGGGCAUGGUUAAAAUAUGAAAAACGAGGUGAAGAACUUAUAUCGGAUUUACUCUCUUCGUGUGGUAAAUGUUCUAAAGAGUUUGGGUUAAUAGAUAUUGGUUGCGAGUUCCCUUCGGUUGUAAACUCUAGUUUAGUUGAUGGCGCAGUCGUUGAUCAAAAGAAUAAUAUAUCGGGAACGGUUUCGUUUAAAAUCGGGGAUGAUAAAAUAACAUGCGAUAGACAAAAAAUGGCGACCCUUUCACCCCCUUUUCGUUCUAUGCUUAACGGGUGUUUUCUUGAAUCGGUAUCCGAAGACAUAGAUUUGUCGAAAAACGAUAUUUCAUCUGCGGGUAUGAAGGUGAUAAGUGAAUUUAGCUCAACCGGUAUUUUACCCGAUUUACCAACCGAUCUUUUACUAGAAAUCAUGGUGUUUUCGAGUAAAUUUUGUUGCGAGAAUCUUAAAGAUUCUUGUGAUCGGAAACUUGCAAAAUUUGUUUCAUCAAGAAACGAUGCGGUUGAACUUAUGGAAUACGCUCUCGAAGAGAAUUGCCCGGUUCUUGCUGCCUCGUGUUUGCAGAUUUUCCUUCAAGAACUCCCGGAUUCUCUUAACGAUGAGCGGGUUGUUGACUUGUUGACCAGUGUUAACAGUUUGCAUAGAUCUAUUAUGGUGGGGUCCGCUUCGUUUUCACUCUACUGUCUUUUAAGCCAGGUCGCGAUGGAUCUUGAUUCGGGAUCCGAUAAGUCCGCUCGUUUCUUGGAACAAUUAGUGGAUUCUACGGAAAAUAGUCGACAAAAGAUGGUGGCAUAUCAUAUGUUAGGAUGUGUGAAAUUAGCCAAGAAAGAAUAUGACGAAGCCGAACGAGUCUUCGAGGUUGCGUUGAGUGAAGGACACGUUUAUUCCGUCAUAGGUUUGACCAGAAUCGGUCAAAUUAAGGGCGGAAAGCUUGAAUCUUAUAACAAACUUAGCUCAGUUAUUUCGAAUUACACCCCACUCGGGUGGAUGUAUCAAGAACGAUCUUUAUACUGCGAAAAUAACGAAAAAAGAUGGGAAGAUCUCGAAAAAGCAACCGAAUUGGAUCCGACGUUAACGUACCCGUAUAUGUACCGUGCGGCUUCGUUAAUGAAGAAACAAAACGUUCAAGAUUCACUGGCGGAAAUCAACAAGAUUCUCGGUUUUAAACUUGCGGUUGAAUGUUUGGAAUUGAGGUUUUGUUUUUAUCUAGUUCUCGAAGAUUAUCAAUCGGCGAUUUGCGAUGUUCAGGCUAUUCUUACGAUUUCUCCUGAUUAUCGGAUGUUUGAAGGGCGGGUACCCGCAACGCAAUUUCAAACGUUAGUUCGUGAGCAUGUUCCAAAUUGGACGACCGCAGAUUACUGGUUACAGUUGUAUGAUCGGUGGUCCGCUGUUGAUGAUAUCGGGUCACUUUCGGUAAUUUAUCAAAUGCUCGAUUCUGAAACGGCUAAAGGCGUUUUAUAUUUUAGACAGUCUUUGCUUCUCCUCAGGUUAAAUUGUCCGGAAGCAGCGAUGCGGAGUUUACAACUGGCCCGUCAACAUGCGUCAAGCGAACAUGAACGUUUAGUUUACGAGGGUUGGAUAUUAUACGAUACGGGCCAUUGCGAUGAAGGGUUAAAGAAAGCCGAAGAAUCUAUUAGUUUGAAUAGAUCUUUUGAGGCCUUUUUUCUAAAAGCUUACGCUUUAGCGGAUUCUAGUCAAGAUCCGACCUGUUCUUCAACGGUUGUCGCACUUCUUCAAGAUGCCCUUAAAUGCCCUUCUGACAGGCUUCGCAAAGGCCAGGCGUUGAACAAUCUUGGAAGUGUUUACGUAGACUCAGGUAAACUAGACCUUGCAGCCGAUUGCUACAUUAACGCACUUAAAAUACGACACACGAGGGCCCACCAGGGGCUUGCUCGUGUCCAUUAUUUAAAAAACGACAAGGCAGCUGCCUAUGAAGAAAUGACAAAAUUGAUUGAAAAGGCUCGGAACAAUGCGUCCGCUUAUGAGAAACGAUCAGAGUAUUGUGAACGUGAACAGACGAAAAUAGAUCUUGAAAUGGUCACUCGUUUAGAUCCUCUUCGGGUUUACCCUUACAGAUACCGUGCAGCAGUCUUGAUGGACAACCACAAGGAGAAAGAAGCGAUCGCCGAGCUUUCAAGAGCGAUAGCGUUCAAAGCCGACUUGCAUUUACUGCAUUUGCGAGCAGCGUUUCAUGAACAUAUCGGGGAUGUAUCGGGUGCCAUGCGGGACUGUCGAGCCGCCCUCUCUUUCGACCCGAAUCAUCAAGAAAUGCUUGAACUCCGAAGCCGUGUAAACAGCCAAGAACCUUAAUUAUCCAAGAAUUUAGAAAAUUUAGAUGUGUUGCAAAUGUUUACUUACACAAAUGGUGAAGAAAAAAGAGAGAUUUUUGAGUUUGUGUAUGUAUGUUGCAAAUGUAACACUUGAUGGAUAUUGUAAGCAUUCAAGUUUGUGCAUUAACAUGUGUUGUUUUGUAUCUCUUUGGAUUCUUUUCUCCC